AUGCCACCUAAUUCGACUGCUAUCGAUCUUCCCACCUCCUACGAGGCCCUCGAGCUCACUCAUAUCCAAAUAUCUCAUUGUCCUCUCGGAGCCCCAGCUGCUACCUCAGUAGUGAUUGUUACAUUGAAUCGACCAGAAAAACAUAAUGCAUUCACUCCACAGAUGGCCGAUAGCCUUACAUUGGCCUUCAAACUGUUUCACGUUGACCCUCGGGUCAAGACAAUUGUUCUAACUGGCGCGGGCAAGAUGUUUUGCGCCGGCAUGGAUCUUGAUAUUGGGUUCGGGAAUAAUCAGGGUAGAGCUGCUGAUUUUCGUGACAUUGGAGGAAGAGUCAGCCUGGCGAUGCAUCGAUGUCAUAAGCCAACGAUCGUUGCACUUCAAGGCUCAGCCGUUGGCGUGGGAAUGACAAUGACAUUGCCGGCUGCGAUCCGUAUAUGCCACGAACAGAGCAAAUACGGGUUCGUGUUUGCCAGGCGGGGGCUUACCAUUGAAUCCUGUGCUUCUUAUUUCCUUCCCCGUCUGGUUGGCUUCUCGCGUGCCAUGCAUUUGAUCACUACUGGCGCUGUGUAUCCGCCGUUGGCUAAGUACUUUGGUGAUCUCUUUACCGAAGUGCUUCCUCAGGCUUCUCAGGUCUUGCCUCGAGCCUUGGAGCUGGCUCAGGACAUGGCGGAGAAUGUCAGUCCGCUGGCCUCUUCGAUGAGCCGGGCAUUGAUGUGGGAAGGCGGCGUCUCCCCGGAAGCAGCGCACUUGCUCGAGUCUCGAGUGUUCCAUCAUAUGAUCGGUCAAAGUGACUACCAGGAAGGGGUCAACUCGUUUCUUGAAAAGCGCAAGCCAGUAUUUGAGACCGAUCCUCGAAACAGCAGCUGCCCUGAGUACCCAUGGUGGCCAGAGUUGAACAUUUCUCAUGAACCCAGUGCCUCCAAGGAUAAGAACUCCAUGUUAUGA